GUAAGUCAGCAAGAUUGGGUUAAAAAUUUAACUCAACGUUUUGUCUCUGAGGUAUCGAGUAAAACAACGUUCUGUAUAUCCUGGAAAUAAAUAUAACAAAGUUGACUACCAAAUUUUUAAAUACUGAUUCGGAAGACAAACAUUUCAUUGAAAAUAACGUGCAUAAUUAGUUCUUUUGCAGUGAGUAACAAUUGAUUAGCACAUCACAGCAUUUUUAUAGGCAAAAUCUUCAUCUUAAUAACAUUGAAUUGUUGCAUAUGAAUAUGACAAACGAAGGAUUGGAUUGUGGUUUUCAUAGGUCUCGUCUUCCCUCGGAAAUGAAUCAAGGUCAGGAAGGAAACAUUAUGUCUAUUUUAAAAAAUUGUCUCGGAAAAGAGUUGAGUAAAGUGACAAUGCCUGUUACAUUAAAUGAACCACUAAGCUUCUUGCAAAGAAUAUGUGAAUAUAUGGAGUAUGCUGAAAUUUUAAAUCAAGCUUCGAACGAGGAAGAUCCCGCUGAUCGAAUGAAGUUUGUUGCAACAUUUGCGGUAUCUGCAUUGGCAUCCAAUUGGGAACGCGUUGGAAAGCCAUUUAAUCCACUUUUGGGAGAAACAUAUGAAUUUCAAAGAAAUGGUUUCAAAAUCGUAUGUGAACAAGUGUCUCAUCACCCACCGAUCUCUGCAUUUCACGCUGAAUCCCCUCAUUAUAAGUUUUAUGGCAGCAUCAAUCCAAAAAUAAAAUUUAUGGGAAAAAGUAUCGAGAUUCAACCCAAGGGAGUGGUCACAGUUGAAUUGCUCAGAUGGAAAGAAGCUUAUACAUGGAGUAACGUCAAUUGUUGUGUACACAAUAUAGUGAUGGGAAAGCUGUGGAUCGAGCAACAUGGUACAAUGGAAAUAAAAAAUCACUCAAAUGGGUAUCGCGCGGUACUCGAAUUCAAGGAAGCCAGCUCCACCAAAGAAGCUAACCAAGUAUAUGGAUUCAUAGAAAAUAAUCAGAAAAUACCGGUAUACAGAUUAUACGGCAAAUGGAAUAAACUUUUGAGAUGUGUAUCUGAAAGUGACUUCCAACGAUAUGUUCAUCAGAAAAGCGAUAAAAAAGCAGAUGCUUCAAAUGACCGUUCAAGGAAAAUAUUUUCAAAGUUAAAUAACUUGAAAAUGUCAUCAUUCCUAAGCGUUAGUAUACAAGAGGAUCCAAUUGAUACAACUCAGCUUGAAGACUUAAGUAUCAAUGACGAUGAAGUCCAAAUACCUUCUGAAAUACAAUCAGUUUUAUUAUGGAAAUGCAAUGAGCGUCCCGAGAAUAGCGAUAAGUAUUAUCAUUUCACAGAUUUCGCGAUGCAACUUAAUGCUAUGGAUCCUGAAAUUAAAGAUGUUUUAUGCCCAACUGAUUCACGAUUACGGCCAGAUAUAAGAUGUCUCGAAGAAGGUGAUAAUAGCGGAGCAUCGGCACAGAAAAACCGACUGGAAGAAAAACAACGUAACCGAACACGCAAUGUGAAACAUAACGAAAUUGGAGUACCACGGUGGUUUAAACAUGGAAUCAAUCCCUUAACAAAAUAUGAGGACUGGAUGUUCACUGGCAAUUAUUGGGAGCGCAAUUACUCAAACAUUUCUGAAAUAUUUUAAUGCGAUAAAUUACUUGUUUCGUGUUGAGAAGAAAAAAUAAAUGUUGUUGUCGUAAU